AUUGCAAAAGAUGGCCCCAAAAAGUUGUCAACAGAGAUGGUAUUGGUCGGCCAAAAUCUAUAGGAGGGACCCACCUCAUAUAACAUCCCUAUAUAACACCCACCACCUCUUCCCCUGACCUCCCCUUCCUUUCCUUUCUUCUAUCCAUCACUCACUCCCUCUCUCUUUUGUGACUUUUCUUCUUAUUCCCUAGUGUUUUGUCCUUUCUGGGACAAAGCUAGUUCCCUACAAAUCAAGGGUAAGUUGUCCUUAAAGUUGAGACUGUUGGGGAUUGUGUGUGUGUUCACACUUGGGAGGCAUGGAGAGGGGCAGGAAACAAGGUGCACCCUCACCAUGUGCAGCCUGCAAGCUUCUAAGGAGAAGGUGUGCUCAGGAAUGUGUGUUUGCUCCUUAUUUUCCUGCAGAUGAGCCACACAAGUUUGCCAAUGUCCACAAGGUCUUUGGUGCUAGUAAUGUCAACAAAAUGUUGCAGGAAUUGCCGGUGCACCAACGAGGAGAUGCUGUGAGCAGUAUGGUUUAUGAAGCCAAUGCCAGAGUCAGAGACCCUGUGUAUGGAUGUGUUGGGGCAAUAUCAUCUCUACAACAACAAAUUGAUGUGCUUCAGACCCAAUUGGCGAUAGCUCAGGCCGAGGUGGUGCACCUGAGGGUGCGACAGGCUGCAUCAAAUCAAGCCCUUAGUCCUUCAAAUAGUGGCUCGCCCUCAUCUAGGAUUGUGGCUUCACAGGCUAGGCCUCUUUUUGAUAUGGAUAUGGUGGACCAGGCCAGCUUGGGAGACUCAAUGUGGUCAUGCUAGCUCAUGAGCUACAUUUCUCUUACUAUUAAUAUAUACAUAUACAUAUAUAUAUUUAUAUAUAUAUAUAUAUAUAUAUGUGUUUCCUUUUGAUUAUGGUGUUAGAUCCUCACUAUACUUCAACAGAUAACUGGUGGUGGAGGCUAUUCACCUAGUUUGGUUUGAAGAGGGUCUCUGUCAUUGUAUAUAUAUGGCUUGACUUCACAUAAUUGAGCAAUUAUAUAGCAGCUAAAUUUUGAUUGCAUGACUAA